AUGGGCAGCGUCGGUGAAGACCUUUACCUCCUCAACCGCAACCCAGAGGAGUCGGCUCGCCUCAACAAACAGCAUGGCUUCCUCGUCGACCUCAUCGGCGGAACCCCCAUCCACCCCUCCAUCCCAACAGACAACAUCACCGCCGUAGCAGACGUCGGCACCGGCACAGGCGUCUGGCUCGCCUCGCUACCAGACUCCCUCCCGACCUCCAACACCCCCCUCUACCUCCACGGCUUCGACAUCUCCGCCACGCAAUUCCCCUUCUACAAGGACAUCACGCCGACCCGCGAACUGCACCUCUCCGUGCACGACGCCCGCAACCGCUUCCCCGCGGAACACCACGGCCGCUACGACCUCGUGCACCUGCGCCUGCUGGUAGGCGCGUUCCAGGAAGAUGACUACGUGCGGACAAUACACAACGUCUACGAGUUACUGAGUGCGUCGCUCCCUGCCUCCAUCCAACACCCCCCGUAA